AUGCUUCCGAGUAGAGGGCUGAGGCCCGCACAUAUUGCUCCUUUGGCCUCGCGACAAUCUUCUGUUCUCUGUCGAGGUGCUGCGAGAAAAUUCUCAUCUUUCCCUCGCACUUCUGCUCUCCCAACCGGCUCUCGACGAACAAACCCUCUUCAAUCGGCAGCCUGGCGGGCUGGAGCGAUCCCUUCCUCGCCCAAUGCUACGUUGACAGCGAAUUCGGUACGAUACGGAUCAUGGUAUGCGCCGUGGACAUGGGGCAGAUCCAGCACGCCAUCACCUGACGCAGGUGCAAUUGAUUUCCAGAAAGCACAUCAGUCUGCAGAGGCAACAUCGGCACAAUCGGCGGUCGAGACAGUCACAACAGCGACGCCAGAAUUGACGCCGGCAGGUAUCGACAAAGCGCCAGUCGUGGAGAGCACAGCAACCGUUCAACCCACCGCAACAGCGGCGCCGGCCCAAACAGUUGAGGACUACGUUGACCAGCUCAUAUUGAACAACGACACACCCGCCGCAAUCCUUACUUCGACCGAUCCGCUCCACGCGAUUGAGAAGGUUGGAACACUCAAAGAGCUGGGACUUGACUAUGGAUGGGGCUUCACGGCAUUCUUCGAGUGGUUGAUCGAGAACGUUUACAUUUCGAGUGAGUUGGGCUGGGGUGCGUCCAUCAUAGUGUCGAGCGCCCUGAUCCGCAUCGGCUGCUUCUGGUUCCAGCGCUCCGCUUCCGACAACAUGGCCAAGAUGGCCGCCGUACAACCGAUCGUCAAGGACGUCCAGGCCGAGUUCAGCGAGGCCAUGCGGUCGGGCAACAGCGCCAAGACGGAAGCUCUCAAGAAGAAGAUGAACCAGAUCUACAAGCAGGCUGGAACGAAUCCUUUCAAGGGAUUCCCCCCGCUCAUCGCUCAGGGUCUUUUCGGUUUCGGUGCUUUCAGGUGCUUGCGAGGCAUGUCCCAACUCCCAGCGCCAGGCCUCGAGCAGGGUGGUUUCCUGUGGUUCCAGGAUUUGACCGUUGCGGACCCUUACUACGUCCUCCCGGUCGUGGUUGGCGGUGUGAUGCAUCUUUUGAUGAAGUACGGAGGAGAAACCGGAGCCAGCGACCAGACCACAGCAGGAGGCGUACAAUUCGCCAUGCGGACCAUCAUGCCCGCCUUCAUCACCGUCGUAACCUGCUGGCAACCCGCCGGCACCCAGCUCUACUUCGUCACCUCGACGCUCCUCGGUGCCGGAUCCGCGAAGCUUCUCCGAACCGCCUCGAUCCGACAAGCCCUCGGCAUCUCGCCCCUCCCCUCCGCCGAAAGCAAAGAAUUCUGGACCAAAGUCGCGCGCGGCGAAAUCUCCCUCGAGACCGCCGAGCAGACGCUCGCCGGCGGCGCGCCCCAGCAGCAAGCCGUCUACACCGCACCCACAACCCCCAAGACCACGCCCGGCACAAAGGGGAUCUCGCACCGGGGCCUCCGCCUCAAAUCCACGGCCGCGAUCCCCGACCACCUCCGCGCCGCCGAGGCCAAGAUCGACAAGAACAACCCGACGGGCGACAACGACUGGGAGGGCGGCCCGCCCGCCGACUUCAUGGGCAAGGUCGACUGGAUGCGGCGCAACUACGCGCCCCGGUACUUCUGGAACCGCACCAAGCUCAGCGUCGCGAAGCUCGCGUCGUCCCAGGGCCGCGACGACGUCGCCAGCGCGGUGCUGAAGCGCAAGAGGGACGCUACGAAGAGGAAGGCGGAGGAGUAUGAGGAGAGGAGGAGGGAGAGGCUGGGCGGGGGUAGGAAGUGAAAGGAAAGUACGAAAGAAAGAAAGAAGGUUAAGAAAAAUAAAAUAACCCACGCUUUGUAUAAUAUGUAGAUUUAUGAAGAGGGGAGCCGUUUUUAUCUCACUCAUAUCCGCCAAGGGAGCCUCCUGCUUUGCAUUACAUGGGAAAGAAUUCUGGGUCGGGAUAAAAGAGAGGAGGGAGAUAAAGAUCAUGGAAAGACACUGCAUUGUCCAUCUUCCUAGAGUCUCAGCUUUGGUUUCUCCCCUUCGUUGAUUGGUUGGUUGGUUGUAUGUACAAAUACGAAUUCAAUCUUGAUCAGACAUGUAUGAACUAGAUUCACAGUAUCGUGUGUACACAAU